ACGUCCGCUGCCUACGCUUCACCACACGGCCAUUGUAUCUCCAGCACCGCACACUCGCCUGCACCGCCAUGCCUGACCCCAGCACCUACGCCAACAUGGCGCUGCCGCUCGUCAAGACGCUACCCGACUGUGCCGACUUCUUCACCACGGUCCAGCCCUUCCUGCAGCAGUUCUACGCCCUCCCGUACCAGGUCGCAGCACGCAUCUCGGAUCCACAGGCUCUGAAAGAGCUCUACCUGAGCACAAACCCGCUCAUGAGUUCCCUGGCCUUUGCCAUCAUGUUCCUCUCGCCUGCGGUUCUGAUCCUUUCUGAGAUCAACCGCAACUACUCGCAGGUCGAUCGCAUCUGGAGCUUGCUACCUGCUUUCUAUACUACCCACUAUGCGCUCUGGGCGCAUAUGAACAACUUGCCUGCAACCAAGCUCGACCAUGUCAUGGCCGUGACCAUCAUCUGGAGUGCUCGCUUGACCUACAACUACUGGCGCAAGGGCGGGUACGAGAUCGGAAGUGAGGAUUACAGGUGGAUCAUUGUCAAAGACUACAUUGGAGGGCCAGCCAUGUUCUUCUUCAACAUCGCCUUCAUCUCGUUGGGCCAGAACUUUCUCCUUUGGGUCAUCACGACCCCCGCAUACAUUCUGCUUCUCGCCAAUCGCGUCGCCGGAAACGAAGUCAGUACUUUCGACGUCCUCUUCGGCCGAAUCAUGGUCGCUCUCGUUGUCUUUGAAUGGUUUGCCGACCAGGCCCAGUGGAACUACUACAGUGCGAGGGAAGAAUACCGCAAGACGGCCAAGGUACCAGCCGGCAAGAAGUACACGCGCGAUCAGCUUGACCGUGGCUUCAACACUACAGGCCUGUUUGCCUGGUCUCGCCACCCCAAUUUCGCAGCCGAACAGGCCUUUUGGGUAUGUCUGUACCAAUGGAGCUGCCUCGAGACCGAUCAAUAUGCCACCUGGGCUGGUAUCGGUGCUUUCAGCUACUUGAUUCUGUUCCAGGGCAGCACAUGGCUUACCGAGUUGCUGAGCGCGGGCAAGUAUCCCGAGUACAAGAUUUACCAGGAGCGCGUCGGCAGAUUCCUUCCCAAGAUGGGUACCAGGAGCAUGGAACAGCCGCCGAAUGAGGCGGAAGAGAAGAAGGUCAAGGGUGCUAAGGCUGGAAAGGGUGCCAUCAAGACCAAGUAAAGGGGACUGAUUUGGAGAUAUACGCGGUGGGACAAUUGAUCAGUAGCGAGUCAGUGAGUUGUGAUUAUUGUAACCUGCUGUUAACUGACAGACAUCAAGAGGCUACUCUUGGUUACGCACCAUAUUCUUAACGACUCCAGAGUGCGGGGUAUAUCUAUUCGUCAUUGCGCAUGCUAUGUAAUAAGCUUAAUACCUCGCUAGCUUUGUAAUGCAAGGAUAAUCAAAAUAUUCAUUCGC